AAGCCGGGCACCCACGGACUGAGCGGCGCGCGGGCCGAGAUGCGCGCCCGCCUGCUGCCCCCGCUCCCGGGCCUGGGAGCGGCGCGACCCCAUGGCAGGUAGCGGCGGCCUGGGCGGCGGGGCCGGGGGCGGCCAGGGCGCAGGGGCCGGGCAAGGGGCCGCUCUGCGGGCGUCCCGCGCGCCGAUGCUGCUCGUGGCCCUGGUGCUCGGCGCCUACUGCCUCUGCGCCCUCCCCGGCCGCUGCCCGCCGACCGCCCGCGCCCCCGCGCCGGCCCCCGCGCCCUCCGAGCCGUCCAGCUCCGUCCACCGCCCGGGAGCACCCGGCCUGCCCGUGGCCAGCGGUCCCGGCCGCCGGCGCUUCCCGCAAGCGCUCAUCGUUGGCGUGAAGAAGGGCGGCACGCGCGCCCUGCUGGAGUUUCUGCGGCUGCACCCCGACGUCCGCGCGCUGGGCUCUGAGCCCCACUUCUUCGACAGGUGCUACGAGCGCGGCCUCGCCUGGUACCGGAGUCUGAUGCCCCGAACCCUGGAUGGGCAGAUCACCAUGGAGAAGACCCCCAGCUACUUCGUGACGCGAGAGGCCCCCCGCCGCAUCCACGCCAUGUCCCCGGACACGAAGCUGAUCGUGGUGGUGCGGAACCCCGUGACCCGGGCCAUCUCCGACUACGCCCAGACGCUCUCCAAGACCCCGGGCCUGCCCAGCUUCCGCGCCCUGGCCUUCCGCCACGGCCUGGGCCCCGUGGACACAGCCUGGAGCGCCGUCCGCAUCGGCCUGUACGCCCAGCACCUGGACCACUGGCUGCGCUACUUUCCCCUGUCCCACUUCCUGUUCGUCAGCGGGGAGCGUCUGGUCAGCGACCCUGCCGGAGAGCUCGGCCGCGUGCAGGACUUCCUGGGCCUGAAACGGGUCGUUACGGACAAGCACUUCUACUUCAACGCCACCAAGGGCUUCCCCUGCCUCAGGAAGGUCCAGGGCGGCAGCCGUCCCCGCUGCCUGGGCAAGUCCAAGGGCCGGCCACACCCACGCGUGCCCCAGGCCGUGGUCCAGCGCCUGCAGGAGUUCUACCGGCCCUUCAACCGCAGGUUCUACCAGAUGACGGGCCAGGACUUCGGCUGGGGCUGAGCGGCGCCCUGGGGAUGCUCAGCACCUUGAUUGACAUCCGCUCGCCUGGCCGGAGCGGGCUGCGUGCACAUGCUGGGCAGAGAGGAAUAUUUAAGAAAGAAAGCUUGGACCCAGACUUUUCCACAAACCUCGAGGUUGGAGGGUGGAGGCGCUGCCCCCAGGGAUGUGGUAACCGUACCAGCGAACUCCACUGGGCACUGACUGUGUGCCUCGUGUCACACUUUUUUUUUUUUUUGAGAUCGAGUCUCGCUCUGUCGCCCAGGCUGGAGUGCAGUGGCGCGAUCUCGACUCACUGCAAGCUCCACCUCCCGGGUUCACGCCAUUCUCCUGCCUCAGCCUCCCAAGUAGCUGGGACUAUAGGCGCCUGCCACCACGCCCGGCUAAUUUCUUUGUGUAUUUUUAGUAGAGACGGGGUUUCACCGUGUUAGCCAGGAUGGCUACGAUCUCCUGACCUCGUGAUCUACCCGCCUUGGCCUCCCAAAGUGCUGGGAUUACAGGCGUGAGCCACCGCGCCCGGCUAUUUUUUUUUUUUUUUUUUUUGAGAUGGAGUCUUGCGCUGUCACCAUGCUGGAGUGCAGUGGUGCGAUCUCAGCUAAUUGCAACCUCCACCUCCCAGGUUCAAGCAAUUCUCCUGUCCCAGCCUCCCAAGUAGCUGGGAUUACAGGUGUGAACCACCGCACCCAGCCAAUUUUAAUUUUUUCUUAGGACGGAGUCACCCUCUGUGGCCCAGGCUGGAGUGCAGUGGUGUGAUCUCAGCUCACUGCAGCCUCCACCUCCUGGGUUCCAGUGAUUUUCCUACCUCAGCCUCCCAGGUAGCUGGGAUUACAGGCAUGCACCAACAUGCCCAGCUAAUUUUUUUGGUAUUUUUAGUAGAGAUGGGGUUUCACCAUGUUGGCCAGGCUGGUCUUGAACUCCUGACCUCAGGUGAUCCGCCCAUCUUGGCUUCCCAAAGUGCUGGGAUUACAGGCAUGAGCCACCACACCUGGCCCAAGACUCAUUCUUUAUACACCCUCAGAGGUGGGCGGUGUGCCUGGUCAGGUCUAGCCUGUGAGCUCAGAGAGGCUUAGGGCCUGCCCAGCGACAUGCAGCUUAGCCCUAGUGAUGCUGGGGGUCAUGCUCAGGCUCUCUUCUCAGCCCUGGGAGGCUGGGCAGGGCUGUCCUCAAGUUCAGGAUGAGGAAACUGAGGCCGCAGGCCGCGCUGUGGAGUGGUGGGGCAGGCUCAAAGUCGGGUCCGCACCCAUCCCCUUGGCUCAUCCAGAAUCCAGGUGCGCAGUGGACGCUUCCUUCUGGAGCCUUGUGGAAUUGCCUGAGUGUCGGUGAGGUCAGCGAGUGUUGGGUGUGUGCACAGGGAGAUGGAUUAAUAGCCUCUUAGCCUUCCCUGAAGAGGCCCACCCAUUCAGGCCCCACCCACUCCCCCAGGCCCCUGCUGCCCCAGUUCCGUGGUAUUUGUUCUGUGCCCUCCCCUGGGGACAGGGCUGGGAUCAGUGGCCAUCUGCAGUCCAGCUGCUCGCUCAUAACUGAGGCCAGACUCAGGCAGGCUGGGGUGCCCUGUCCGCCCCUGUGUCCUGGGAGUGGGAGGGACUCCUCGGUAAUGACUCUCACCUGCUUGUGGCCACGUGCUGUCUGCCAGGUGCCCACCAGCUGCCCUGACGAUGACCUCCGGGGCUGCUUGGGCUUAGCCCCAGGCCUGUCGCAGGGCCUAGCUGUGGUCUCCACAGCCCCGCUGAGUCCCACAGGCCCUGAUAUGGUCUUUCUGCCUCUCAGCUACUUGGAGCCACUCCCUGUUUUGGGGAUGCAGGCAGUGAGGAAGGAUUUGCAGGAGGGGCUGCGUCUGGACACCCACCCCGCCUCCUGCUAGUUUCUGGGCCCAGUGGACACUCUGCUCUGCAGCUGCCCUGAGGGGCAGGCACUUCCCACAGGCCUCUCCAUCCCAGGCCAGGACAGAGGCAGGGCUGGAGGCUGGUUCUGAGCUCCCCUCCGAGCACCCACCCAGAGACUGCAGUGGCAACAUGGUGGGCAGAUGUGGGCCCAGAUGUGGACAAGUCAUAGGCACAGCCUCCGUCCUACCUCGAAGCUCUGAUGUGGGUGGAGGGGAAAGGGCCCCCCCGACUGACAGCAGCUUUGGGAAGAGGGAACAGACUCCACCUCGGAUCCCUGCCAGGAGGGGAUCACUGGGCUGGGCUGCUCUGUCCCCACCCCCUGCACGGGUGCCCUCUGUGAAGACCGGGCCAACUGCCUGCCCCGGGCCUGGGGGUGGGAAGGAAUACAGGACAGCCCCUGGCCCCUGGUGACCCAGUUCCCAGCCCAGUGCAUGUGGAUUUCUUCUUCCUGGACACACCCUUCUUGUGCCUGGGCCGUUUCAGGGGCUGCUCACCGUCAUCCCAGCACCUCUUUUGUUCUACAGUGAGCUCUCCAGAUGGCAGCUGGAGAGCCGUCGCAGAAUAAACCAGAUCCUAUUGUUUUAAAACUCUCUGAUCCCCACCUUUUCCCCUUAUUGCUUCUAGGAUGAAAACCAAACUCCAGAUCACAGCUGUUACAGCCCUCUACGGCUUGCCCCUCUGUCCUACAUGCGCUCCCUAUUCCAGCACGCCCACCACACUGGCACCUGCCAGCUCCUUCCACCUGCCGUGGCCUGUCCAACCUCAUGGGCUUUGCAUGUGCUGUUCCCUCUGUCUGGAAUGCCUUUCCCUGCAGAAGGUGCUGACGGGAUGGAGGGGCAGCUGCUCUCACUGAGGCUCUGCUACUUUCCUCCCUCCGUUUAGAGUUCCUUUUCUGA